GUGAUCGUCAAUUUGAAGUGUGAACAUCGUGAACGUACAAUCCUGUGCUCAUCAUGACUGGAAGAGGAAAGGGAGGAAAAGGUCUGGGUAAAGGAGGAGCCAAGCGUCACCGAAAAGUGCUGCGGGAUAACAUCCAGGGCAUUACCAAGCCCGCCAUCCGCCGUUUGGCUCGGCGCGGAGGAGUGAAACGUAUCUCCGGUCUCAUCUACGAGGAAACCCGUGGCGUCCUGAAAGUAUUUCUGGAGAAUGUGAUUCGUGAUGCGGUCACUUACACUGAACACGCCAAGCGUAAGACCGUCACCGCUAUGGAUGUGGUGUAUGCUCUGAAGCGUCAGGGCCGCACUCUGUACGGUUUUGGAGGCUAAAUUUAUCUCUAUAAAAUUUCCAUGUGGAGUCUAAAAUCAAACGGUCCUUUUCAGGACCACAAUACAUUACUCAAGAGCUGUGUCUUUCGCAACAUUAAAAUGUUUUAUUUGAGAGAAAAAAUGUCUAUGAUGGCUUCGAAUGGUGUGCGUAUAACAUUUUACUCGCAUAACAAGCACUCACACUGCUGUAUAUUCAGUGCAUUUACAUGAGAUGGCGUUUUGUGAGUGUGAUUUUUUAUCUUAUACGUAUGCGUUUGAAGCGUUCGCAAAAGCAACGAUUGAAGCGUUGGUUAAAAUGAAUCAUUUUUCUCUCUUGCAUUUUUUUAUCUAAAUUUUCUUAUAAAAAUAUUUUUUUAGAG